GCUCAGUUGCUGGCUGGCCUUUGACAGUGCAAGUUGGUUGCAGGCGCGCGCGCAUCUCGUGUUGAGUUUUUUAUACGUGUUGUUGUUUGUGGCUGCGCUGCUGCUGCUGCUGCUGUCGUUGUUGCUGGUGUGUUGCUAUGGUUGUUGUGCGCUGCAGCGCAUGCAACUGAAGUAACAAACGUGAGCACGUCGCGUGUCCUUGCCGGGCGUCUUCUUCCUCUUCUUCUUAUUCGGCUACUCCAAUUGAAGCGAUUCCCCAAAGUGUGUGCAUUGCGAAUGCAGCAAUAAAAGCGCCAGAUCGCAUAUUUUUAUUGGCUUGUGUUUACCGUUUUGGCUGCCGCAUGCACCCUGCCGCUACCGCUGCCCGAUUAGCCUGAAACGCCGCCGCGUGCCGCAUGUUGCUGCAGGCUUAAGUGAGUGCCCCGCUGCGGCAUGGCCAGCGAACGUUUAGCCGGCGGCGGCGGCGGGCGCCAUGCACGCGUCAGCCCCACGCCGGGACGCGGCAGCAAAAUAGCCUAUACGCCGUGUCCGCGCUCCGAGCCGCCUCAGGAUCUGGAUCUGGAUCUGCCCGUCACGGCGCGCAACUGCCUGGCCAUACCCAUGUCCGCGCUGCAGACGGCAAACGGGCCCAACAGCAAAGAACGAUGUAGCGCACUAUCGGGCAUACCCAGUACCCCGACCACGUCCACGUCCUUUACACAGCCAUCCAAUCCCUAUGAAGUGGACCUGCCGCAGCCGCUGGUCGAUCGGUCCGUCUCGUUGAUGCGUUGGAACGGCAGCAGCCCUGGCGGCGGCAACAGCACAAAUAACAGUCUCAUCAGGCUGCAGCAACAGUUGCAGCCGCAACAACAGCAGCAGCAGCAGCAGCAACAACAGCAGCUACAACAGCAGCAGCAACAAUAUGCCGGCUACUCGUAUCAACAGCAGCAACUGCCACAGACUCUGAGUGCGACGAGCACGCUGCUAACAGCUGCCGCAGCGGCGACGCGGCAAGGCAACUUUGGUGGGGGUGGUGGCAACGCGGGAACGACACGUGCGGAGCCCAUCUCUUUGGCUACCUUGGAUCGCGACUGUUUCAUUAUUCCGGUGCACAGCGUUGAUCGCUUUCUGCCAGCCGGCAUACCGUUACCUGCUCUGAGCGCCGAUGGUAAAGCCAGCAGCCCGCUCAGCGUUUUGGAGGUCUCCGAUCCCAAGUUGUGCAUACUUGUGCAUCUCAUGAGUCCACUUGAGGCCAUAGAUCCAGUUAUGGAAUCGCCGCUCUCCCAUCCGCUGCUCAAGCAACGCGCCAUUGCCUCGGAGCUCUUAACGGAAGUGCAGCAGGCGAACACAGCCGUCGGCGGCAUGAUACUAGCCAAUAUGGAGAAAAGCUCUGAAUUUCCUUUUAUUUCGUAUUAUCUGAUCAACACGAUGCAAACGGAUCCAUCGAAUUUCUAUUCCAACCUGCGCGUCUCAUCGCUCUCCAAAUUCGAGCCAAAAGCACUCAAAUACACUGCCGCCCACACGCUGGACCUGUACAGCGAGGUGGCUGCCAUUUGCCGACCCCCGCUGGUGCUGCCCUCCAACGAAGCCGGCAGCUUCAAGAAGUCCCAAACAGCGGCCACCGGCUACAUAAUCAGCGUGUUCAAGGUUUUCGAGGGUGACGACGGCGAGCGCUUCGAAAAGAAUUGGCUAUAUUGGACGGGCGCGCGGAUGCUUUAUAGAUACUUACCACGCGCUGCGGGCUCCGUCGCAAUAGCCCUGCAUAAGAGUACCUCACAAGGGGACAAAAUGUAUCUGUUGGUCUGUGAGUGUGCAGAGCUUUUGAAGGAUAUCUCACUGGCCGCCUUGAUACCGGCACUGCGUGCCCGUCUGUGUGGCUAUACAGGACUCUAUCGACCAAUACAGACUUUCUAG